ACUUAUCCUUUUCUAUUCCUCCAAAUAUUAUUUGACAAACACGUACUCACCUCACCCACACUGAGUUUCUGAUAAUUAUUGCAAUAUUUGAUCGAGAUUGACUUACAAGGUUACUUACGCGACACUUGAUAAAAUAUUCGACUGCUACAGUUAUUAGAUAACUAAUUCGCGACACUACUAUAGAUCGAUCGAGCGUCAUCAUUUUCGCCUUGUGGGCAACGGUAACUGAACAAACAGCGGCCCAUCAUUCCAAUCCCAAAAUCUAUCAUCUACGUAUCCGAAGCGCAAUUCAAUAAAUAUAUCUUCAUUUAUCUAUAUAGCAUCUCACUUAUCGCUCGAUACUUACUCGACGCCGAUCACCGCAUUCGCCCCUUUAUAUCUGCCUCCCUAGAUACCUAGUCUUCCACAUCGACACCACCCCUCCAAGACUUGGCUAGACGCGCCAACUGCCAUACCCUAAAGCAUUUUGAAGUUCCACCACAGUGGGAAAACUCCCCUGACUUCUUGUCACGUCAAAGCGCUUCUUUAUCGCACCUUUAAACAGGCCGUGAUCCUUCGAGAUUCACAGCGAGGUGCAGUUUGAAGUGCUUUGAACGACGCCCCAUCGCAUACACAUGAGUUAUCUACUUUGGAAAUAUUACUGGGAUAAUGAUGUCGACAAGUUUCGUCGGCUGCUGGCACCGGCCAGUUAUUCCCAGAACCCAUCCAAGACCCACGUUACCGGAGUAGGGAGCCCCGGCGCAUUGGGAACUUCUCCACGCGCUACCACCAAAUCGCGCAAGGCAUCUGCGUUUGGCCCUGCCAAUGUCACGACCAAGAAUGGAGGAGGAAAUAUUGGGAAAAGUGAGAUCAAUAGCCGUGAUCACUCUGGUUUAACCAUUCUCCUCCGAGCCGCCUCAUCCACCUCCUCGAAUGCUGUCUCCUUCGUUGAGGCCCUCCUUGACCAUCCCGCCAUUGAUAUAUAUGUUCAAGACCAUGAAAGUGGAUGGAACCCAUUGCAUAGGGCGUUGUAUAAUGGAAACAUCUCGAUCGCUCGAUUGCUUCUUGAGAAGGAACGUAAAGAUCUGACUGAUUCGGUCGGUGGUGUUAUCAUCACCAAGGUGGGACAGCUGAUUAAGACGAAGGAUCAUGAGGGAAAUAGUCCGUUUGACGUUUAUAAUGCUACUAUCGCGCUACGAAGUUUGAAGGCCUCCGAAGACCGUUCGAGCUCAGGGGAUGAUGGAUCGGACAUGGAUGAGGGCCCAGGUGGUGAAGACGUUAGGCACCAUGGCAGAUCCUCUGGCCUGGGUGGGGAGGUCUUUACGUUCGGCAGCAAUAACAACCUCACUCUUGGGCUUGGUGAUGAAGACGAUAGACAAUACCCCGAACGCAUUCACUUGAAGCGGCCCGAUAACCUCAUCCAAUAUUUCUGCAACCAAUAUUUAGAGGAGAGAAAUCGGCCUUCAAGUUUAGGAGAUUCCACGUCUGGCGAUUCGUCAGAAGUCCCCACUUUGGUCCAAAACCGCCCUCUGAUGAUCCAGGACGUUGUGCUCUCCAAGCUGCAUAGCGCCAUCCUUACAACUGACCCGAUAUCUAAUUUAUAUGUUUGCGGAAUUGGGCGUGGCGGUCGUCUAGGUCUCGGCGACGAGAACACUCGAUUCAACUUCAUGCCUGUUCAGGGUGGAUUAUCUGAUAAGAAGGUUAUCCAAGUCUCUCUUGGCCAGAAUCAUUCAAUGGCUGUAACUAGUACCGGAGAACUUUGGACGUGGGGUUCAAAUAUCUACUCGCAGCUUGGGUUCACACUCCCACCUCCAGCUCGACCUGAUGAGGAACCAAUGAGCACAACACCACGACAAGUAUUUGGUCCGUUGAAGAAGGAAAUAAUAUUAGGAGCAGCUGCCUCUGCCAUUCAUUCCGUGGCACACACAGGGUCUUCCCUGUUCUGCUGGGGGAAGAACGUCGGCCAACUUGCCUUGAUGGAUGCGGAUUCUCGGUCUCUUGAAGUUCAGACGAUUCCCCGAAAAGUUGCCGCAACACUACUCUCAAGCCAUUCUUCAAUUGUUAUGGUGUCUGCUAUUGAAAAAGCGACUUCAUGUCUAUUUGAAGACCAUGCAGUUUGUGUUUUCACAAGUUACGGUUAUAACAUGAUCAAGUUUCCUACUUAUGACCCAUUUACUAGCUCACCACUACAACGCUCGGUACAACUCUCAAUGUCCUCUCGAUACGAUGCUGGCCGCCGUGAAAUUUACCAUAUCACGUCCAGUGGAGAAACCAUAGCAGCUGUUACGGGCAACGGCGACCUCUUCACGAUGGUGGUCAAUCACUCCCCCGACGGGAACCAACCUGCCACUUCUACAACUAACCCGUCUAAGAUUAAGGAUGCUGUAACAGUACCUCAAUGCAUCUGGAGUUCAAAGAAGGAUGGAGUGAAAUCUGUGACUGUUGGAGAGAAUGGCUCGGUGAUGCUUUCAACCCAAUCAGGGGCAGUCUGGCGUCGAGUAAAGCGAACAAAGGCUAAAGACACCAAGGCUUUCGCACCGGCGGGCACCAAGCGUAAGGAUUUCAAAUUUCAACGUGUUUCAUAUAUCACGGACAUAGUCGCUGUUAGAAGCUCCGCAUCUGGUGCGUACGCUGCGAUACGAAAGGAUUGCGAUGUGACUCGAGAACAAAUCGAGAUAGAUAAACCCGCCCUGUGGCAAGACAUGGCUUCUUUAUUUCCCCUUUCCGGAUUUCAGGCCAUGAACUCGAAGACACGAGAAAAUAAAGACACGUGGAAAUUCCAUGAUUCUACUGUGCUACAGGGUCGGGUAGAUACGUUAGCCUAUGAGGUGUUAACAUCAACUGAUCUCGAGGAGGAUCUACAGGCACAUCUUCAAAAGUGGCAUUUUCAGCACGACAGUCUUGGCAUGGUUGUUCGUGCGGCCGCCUACCCGCACCUAGCAAUUCCCGUGCACUCUUGGCUUUUGUCUGCUAGAAGUCCACUGCUCCGGACCGGGCUACAGCAUUUCAGAGAAACCGGUACUUACGAAAUUGAAGACAUCUUGAAGAUCAGCCAGCAUAAUGAUCUUACCACUGUAGAGCUCGCAGGUAGCGUUGAUUUGAUCACUCUUAUGAAUUUUGUCGCCUACCUGUACUGCGACACACUCGUCCCAGCCUGGAACUUUACACGACAAUCAAAGCCGCUGGCAUUUAGAUAUCGUCAGAUUCGCGCCGAGCUCAUGAAAUUGGCAGCUAACCUAGGUAUGGCUGACCUCGAGGCUGCCGUUAGAAUCCAGACUUCACCACCACGCUCCAUGAAUAAGGACUUUAAGAAAGCAAUUGAGGACCCGACUUUUUUUGAGGACGGGGAUACUCUUCUAGAAUUGGAUGGCGACGAGGUUAUCAUCCAUAGUGCUAUGGUCUGUCAAAGAUGCCCAUGGUUCCAAGGCCUCUUCCACGGUCGCUCGCGUGGAAUGUGGUUAGAGAGCCGUCGGGCAGCACUAAAUGAUUCUGAUCGCAUCAAUAUUGAUAUGAAACAUAUGGACCCAGAAUCAUUCCAUUAUGUUCUUCAAUACCUAUAUGCGGACGUUGGUGAAGAACUCUUUGACGAUGUUGCCGCCGAGAAUAUUGACGAGUUUUCCGAGUUGGUCUUAGAUGUCAUGAGCAUCGCUAAUGAGCUCAUGCUGGAUCGUCUAUCGCAAGUUUGCCAAAAGGUCAUCGGCCGCUUCGUGACUACUCGAAAUAUAUCGACGCUGCUUAAUGUCAUAAGCCCCUGUUCCGUGACCGAGUUCAAAGAUAAGGGGUUAGAGUAUAUCUGUCUGCAGAUGGAGUUGAUGCUCGAAAACCACCUCCUUGACGAUCUUGAUGAUGACCUCUUGAUCGAGCUCGAUGAAGUUGUCAGAGAUAAUCAGCUAGCUAGAUGCCCGUUUGCGCGAAGCGGGAGAGCCGACCUACUUCUUCAUGAACGUAACCCAGGGUUAGCAGAAGAUAUUCUUGAGGAAAGGCAGAGACGAGUGAAGGAAAUAGCAUUUAACCUCAGUCAAAGAGAUGAUGAGAAAAAAUUGUCAUCCUCGUUCAAGGCCCGUAUUGGGAGCUUGGACGACUCUACUGGUUUCUCACCUAUGCCGGAUAGAACCAGGGGGAAAUCGAAAGCAGCUCAUAACGAACCUUUCACACCAGAACUCCGACCAAGGGAUUCUCAAGCGGAUCUGAUCUUUGCUAUGGACGAAGAUGGAUCGCCUGGUGCUGCACGUUCCAUUUCACCAAGUCCUCAAUUAUCGAAGCCUAAAGGGAAGAGCGAUUCGUACCAAGUACUAGCAUAUGGUGCCUCUUGGCGAGAAGGCAAAGGCAAGGCUGUUGAAGACACAUCUGCACUAGUUGCUACUCCUCCGACGAUGCUGUCAUCGUCAGGUCUUAGACCUGGGAAAGCAUCUGACAUCCCUCUUAUCACAGACCAAUCGGGAUCGGGUGGCAAUCCCUGGGGUUCUUCAGCACUCCCAACUGAGCGUUUAGACCUGCGUGAAGUUCUAGAGGAAUCGCGACCUGCCCAAUCAGCUCUUUCUGCGGGAUUGGCGGCCGAGAAAAGGGACACCGCCAACAAAUCUCUGCCACAGAAGAUAUCUCAGAAGGAGAGAAAGAGACAACUCCAACAGCAGCAAGCAGAACAAGCAACUCGACAAGAACCUAGAUCUCGACAGUCACAAUCGCCGUGGACAAAGGUCGAGGAGAAGAAGGAGUCGCCUUGGCAAAAGGUCCCCCCUGCUUCGAAGGCAUCUCCGAUAGAUGUGUUUGAAUCCUCGACCGCAUUGUCGGGGGCACCGUCAGGAGCAGUCCCAAAACCAAAACCGCUUCUUGCUGCAGAGGCCUCGUCCGCCAGAUCUGUACCGCGACGCACAGCUUCACCAGAUACAAGGUUCUCCGGCCAGAGAAACAACAGUGGUCCACAAACUUCUACGAGCGCUGUUCAACCCAAGCAACAACCAGUCGGUCCAUAUUCAAAGUCCUACAUCAAGAGAGCGCCCAAGCCGGAGCAAGAAAUAGGUAUCGCGCUAGCCGAUAUAAUAGGAGAGCAGCGGCGGGAACAGGAGGUUGUCCGCGAAGCAGUCGCUAAACGUAGUUUGCAGGAAAUUCAACAAGAACAAGCAUUCCAAGAGUGGUGGGAUCAAGAGAGCCGACGUUUACAAGAUGAGGAGGCGAGGCGAACCGCCCGUGAAGAAGGAAAAGAAAAGAAGAGAGAGUCAAAUGCCAGCGGGCGAAGGGGCAACCGCAACAACAAAUCAAAGAGAACCAACAUCAAUCCCAACAACAGCAACGUAGGUCCUAGUAGCCACAAUAAUAGCGUAGAAUCAGGGCCUAGUACCAGUUCUAGGGGGCGAGGGCGCGGAAACAGAGGAAGGGCUGCAUGAUACCUAGACAAUUGUACAUUAGUGUGAGCUACAUAUAAGCUCAGGAUCGCCUCUCCAGUUGACAGAUCCCAUAUACCUACUUGCGUACUGUUUUAAGGCCAUUUGCAAUAUGAAAUAUUGAUAAAGACAAUGCAACGUUCGCACA